AUGACAACUUCAUUUGAAUCAUUGAGGACUGUAGAUGGUACCAUUUGUGAAACAUUUCGAGAAGCAUGUCAACAAUUGCAAUUGCUUGAACACGGCAGUCACUGGAAUCAAACGCUAGCGGAUGCAAUAGCUUUUUCACCAGCCACUGCAGUUCGUACACUUUUCGCUAUUAUAAUUUCGACAUGUCAGCGUUCAAACCCGCGUCUAUUAUGGGAUACGUACAAAGAUGACAUGGCAGAAGAUAUUUUGCAUCGCCUGCGAUUAGCGACGAGAAAUGUCGACUUACAAAUGAACGCUGACAUCUACAAUGAAGCAUUAGUCCUUAUUGAAGAUUUAUGUUUACUUAUGAGUGGAAAACUAUGGAUUGAAGUUCAUAUGCCGGCACCAAGUCGUCAAACAAGGGAUUUAGUGAGUCGCGAAUUGGAACGCGAGCGUGCUUACGAUAUAACUCACUUGCAACAACAAGUACAAACAAAUGUUCCACUGUUGAAUGAACAGCAAAGCAGUGCGUACAAUCAGCUAAUAAAUGCUGUAGAUAGUGGAAACGGUGGCAUAUUUUUCCUCGAUGCGCCCGGCGGGGCUAGCAAAACGUUCCUAUUGUCUUUAAUACUAGCAGCAAUACGUGGUCAAGGUGGUAUUGCAUUAGCUCUUGCAUCUACUGGGAUUGCUGCAACACUGUUAGAAGGUGGAAGAACGGCACAUUCAGCAUUAAAGCUUCCAUUAAACUUGCAAAUACACGAAAGUCCUGUUUUCAAUAUUUCAAAGCAAUUAGCAAUGGCACAAGUUUUAAAAAAAUGUAAGUUAAUCAUAUGGGAUGAAAGCACAAUGGCCCACAAACGAUCAUUAGAAGCACUCGACCGAACACUGAGAGAUUUGCGCAACAAUAAUCGUUGCUUUGGAGGAGUGAUGAUAUUGCUGUCGGGCGACUUUAGACAAACACUUCCCGUAAUUCCAAAAUCAACAGCGGCGGAUGAGCUAAACGCAUGUCUGAAGUCAUCGCAUUUGUGGAGGUUUGUUAAAACCAUUUCAUUGACCAUGAAUAUGCGAGAUUUGCUGCAAAACGAUAGAACUGCGGAGGUUUUUUCAAAAGAGCUGUUGCGAAUCGGAAAUGGACAAGUUCCGAUAGAUCCUUGCAGUGGAUUAAUAUCGAUUCCAACUACGAUUUGCCAAUUCACACCUAAUAAAUACGAACUAAUCAGUAGUGUAUAUCCAAAUAUUGCUCAAAAUUAUGGUAACUUCGAUUGGUUAAGCACGCGCGCAAUUUUAGCAGCAAAAAAUAUGGAUGUCAACGACUUGAAUUGGACGAUUCAAAAUCAAAUUCCGGGAGAUCUGCGGUCAUAUAAAUCAAUCGAUCGCGUUGAAAAUGAAGACGAGGUAGUAAAUUACCCAGUGGAGUUCUUAAACUCUUUGAUGCCGCCUGGAAUGCCGCCUCAUAAUUUGCGUCUCAAAGUUGGGUCUGUAGUUAUUAUGCUACGGAAUCUUCAUGCUCCCAAACUGUGCAAUGGUACUCGACUGAUUGUGACCAAGCUAAUGGACAAUUUAAUAGUGGCAAGCAUUUUGAAAGGCCCGUUUAAGGGAGAGGAAUGCUUACUUCCCCGAAUUCCAUUAACUUCAACAGAUUUGCCCUUCCAAUUCAGACGUUCGCAGUUCCCAGUGAAACUUGCAUUUGCGAUGACAAUAAACAAGUCACAAGGGCAGUCGCUGGAAGUAUGCGGCAUAAAUUUAGAAAUGUCUUGCUUUUCACAUGGCCAGCUCUAUGUGGCGUGUUCCCGUGUUGAAAAACCUUCCUCACUGUUUAUUUACGCCGCGGAACAGAAAACCUAA